GACCAUUUUGACCACAUUUGUUUUCUGGAAGGUCGUGUCCCGAGGAACUGCAAGCAUGGCUACGCAGGGAAAGCCGAUCACGUGCAAGGCUGCCGUCGCCUGGAAGGUAGGCGAACCGCUGAAGGUGGAAAACGUCGAAGUGGCCACGCCCAAGCAUGGCGAAGUGCGGAUCCAGAUAUCGCAUGCGAGCCUGUGCCCCACGGACGCGCAGCUUGUCGAAGGCCCUGGAUGCCCCGAGGGCUGCGUGCUGCCCUGCAUCCCCGGACACGAAGGCGCCGGCACCGUCGAGAGCAUCGGGCCGGGAGUGAGGCGUCUCAAGCCAGGGGACCGCGUGAUUCCGCUCUACGUUCCGCAGUGCAAGGAGUGUGACUGCUGCCGACAUCCACGCGCUAACCUCUGCUCCAAAAUCAGCGCCACGCAGAGCCGGGGCGUGAUGCCUGAUGGUACAACGCGGUUCACGUGCAGGGGUGUGAGGCUGCACCAUUUCAUGGGCGUCAGCGCAUUCAGCCAGUACACUGUGGUGCCGGAGAUAGCAAUCGCCAAGAUAAACUCGGCGGCUCCACUGGACCGCGUGUGCCUGCUCGGUUGCGGCGUGUCGUCCGGCUACGGAGCCGCUCUGAAUGUGGCCCACGUCACGCGGGGAAGCACCGUCGCCGUCUGGGGUCUGGGCGCUGUCGGCCUCGCCGUCGCAAUGGGUGCUAAGGAGUGCGGCGCCAAGACCAUCAUCGGCAUAGACAUCAACGAGGCACGCUUUCUCAAAGGCAAUUUGGGCUUCCUCAUCGAAAUGAGCCAGAACUGGGUGGUUCUGAAGACGCUGUCGGAGCUCAUUGAAAGCAUUCUCCUGCUGAUUCAACCAGACGAAAGGCACGUCUUCUUUUGUUAG